AUGCAGAACAUGGCUUUAAGAAGAAUUGUUGGUGCUUAUCGCACAACUCCUAUUGCGGUAUUACAAAAGGAAGCUGGUAUAAUGCCAUAUAGUAUUAGGCUAAAAUUUAUGGUGGCACGAAAAGCUAUUCGUUUACACCUAAAUAUUAGCAAAACUAAUCCUAUUAAUGGUCAUUUGUUAACAUUGAUUGAGAAAUCUCCAAUUGCAAAGCUAACCACGCUUUACAUAUUGGCGAAAGAUGAUAGAGACUACAUGAUUAAAAAGCAUGAAAAACGAAAAUGCAAGAGGGUUGAACCUCUUACACUGAAACAACAACAGAAUCAGACGAUUGGAAUUUUGAAGAAACAAGCAAUGGAAGAAUGGCAGGAAAUGUAUUGGAACAACAGUAAGGAUCUGUGGUAUCAUAAUAUCACAGUGGAGUCGAAAUGUACUGAUAAUCUUUCCAAAAUGGUUACGGGAGUGAUCAUGAAGAAAGAUAGUCGAAGGAUCUUGAGUAAUAUUACUCAGUUUCGCACAGGCCAUGGCAACUUUGGCGCAUGGUUUAAAAAGUUUGAAAUUGAAAAGGAUAGUUACAACUGCAAAUGUGGAGAGCUGGAAACAGUUCAUCACAUUUUAGUUGAGUGUCCUUUGCUUGAAGAGGAAAGAAAAGGACUGAAACGGAUAUCUCCAGAGAUGGACAUGUCGACUCUCUUAAACAGUUUAACUGGCUUACAAGAGAUUGUAAGCUUUAUCUCUGCUUGGAGGGAUUAA